AUGGACUCAAACAAGAGAAAGGCCCUUCGCAUUAAGGCACAAAUGUCUGAUGUACAAAGUCUGGAGGUUCUUCAAGACCUAAUUCCUGGUUCUAUCCAAAAGAAAUUCAUACUCAAAUAUGGAAGGAUUCUUGAUCUAUUGGGAGUCCCUGUAAAGGUGGAGGCCAUUACUGCCUUGGCCCAAUUUUAUGAUCCUCUCUUACGAUGCUUCCUUUUUCGAGAUUUUCAACUAGUUCCCACGCUAGAAGAGUUUGGGAUGUAUCAUGACUUUUCAAAAGAUAUAAAAGGACCCUAUAUAGGCAUAGGACAAAAGGUGAAACUUAAAGAAAUGGCUAUGACCUUGGGGAUAUCUGUUGAAGACCUAAUGUUGCACUAUAAAGAAGAUAAAGACAUCUAA